AUGCGGAUGGGAAGCAGCGGAUCUGCGAGCGAGUACGCUGUAGCGUGACAGGUUUAGCAGUAGGAAUUUCUCUUUUUAAUUUUAGCCGCUGCUUCGUUGGAUCUGUUACUUUUAUUACUGCGUAGGCGAGCUCGCACUUUCAGUUUUAUGAGCGCGAGUUCAUUUCCUGGCCAUCGGCGCGGGUCUACGCGCUCCGCGAAAAACAGUUACAGCAGCACAAACGAGUCAUCUCGUUUACGCUGCCCACACCUCGCAGGCGCUCGGUUCCUGCGUGCGGCGUCAACUAAGCCUAAGCGGGUGUAAAGUGCGGUUUCUCUUCUGUGUGUGCUUUAUUGUGCGUAGUGUGUGCGCGGUGUGUGCGUCGUGACGGAUAGUUGCCGCGGUGCUCGAUCGAACGCGCCAUGUCGUGUCGGCGUCACACGAACUGUGCGUGAGCUACGAUCUUGUGACCGUCUCCGGUAUGCCAGCGUCUCCGGGUGGACAACGUCGAGUGUUUGUCGUACGAGUCCCACUGCGCACAGUCGGGGCGUCACGGCGUUUCGCAUGAUUCGGAUAAGCGAUCAUCCGCCGAGCCUAGACAGAGCUACUUCGAGUUUGGAGCGUCGCCGGUGAUUGCCGCGAUGUCCAAGCGAACGGACACGCGCUGUCCGGACGACCGGAUCCGCGAGUUGGAACAGAUGUUCCUGGGCGGACCGGUGCUGGUCAGCGGAAAAGCGUUCACCGUCGAAGGUCUACUGGACGUGCUAAUUGUGCUCUACGACGAGUGCUGCAACUCGUCGCUUCGCAAGGAGAAGACCAUGACCAACUUCGUAGAAUACGUAAAACCAGUGGUGCAAAGGAUCAAAGACUUGAGGUUGACCAAGGAUGAUUUCGACGUACUCAAGGUCAUCGGGAGAGGAGCAUUUGGCGAGGUGGCUGUUGUGAAGGAAAGGAACACAGGGAAGGUGUAUGCCAUGAAGAUUCUCAACAAGUGGGAGAUGCUCAAGAGAGCUGAAACUGCCUGUUUCCAAGAAGAGCGUGAUGUGCUUGUUUUUGGAGACAGGCGGUGGAUCACAAACCUCCACUACUCAUUUCAGGACGACACCAACCUGUACCUUGUCAUGGAUUACUACUGCGGAGGAGACCUGCUGACCCUGCUCAGCAAGUUUGAGGACAAGCUCCCUGAGGAGAUGGCACGGUUCUACAUCACCGAGAUGAUCCUCGCCAUCGAUUCGAUACACUCGUUGCAUUAUGUGCACCGAGACAUUAAGCCAGACAAUGUGCUGCUCGAUGCCAAUGGCCACAUACGGCUAGCCGACUUCGGCUCUUGCCUUCGAUUAUGCGAUGACGGAACGGUUCAAUCCAAUGUUGCUGUAGGCACUCCUGAUUACAUAUCUCCUGAAAUUUUAAGGGUAAGCCAUGGAGACGGGCAGGGCAGGUACGGCCCCGAGUGCGACUGGUGGUCCCUGGGGGUGUGCAUGUACGAGAUGCUUUAUGGCGAGACCCCCUUCUACGCGGAGAGUCUUGUCGAGACCUACGGAAAGAUCAUGAAUCACAAGAACUGCUUUGACUUUCCGGACGACCCUGGCUGCAGCAUUUCGGAAGAUGCCAAGGAUCUAAUGAGGCGGUUGAUCUGCAGUGCCGACUGUCGACUUGGGCAAAAUGGACUCCAGGACUUCAAGAGCCAUGCGUGGUUCAGUGGAGUUGACUGGGAUCACAUACGAGAGAGUCGGGCGCCCUACAUUCCAGAGGUCAGCAGUCCAACAGACACUUCCAACUUCGACGUUGAUGAUGCUGAUCUCAAGCAACCAGAGUCGGGACCACCGAGCACCAAUGCAGUGUUCUCCGGGCUGCACCUGCCCUUUGUGGGCUUUACGUACACGCUAGGAAGCCGGCUGGCCAGUGGUGCGGGCGAGUCGGCUGUGGACGGUGUGGCUACCCAGUCGAGCGACCAGGGCCAUCUGGCAUGCCAGAAAAGGAUUCGGGCCUUGGAGAGGGAAAACGCAGAGCUGGGACAACGCUUGGCUAGUGAUCUCAAAAGAGGACUGCCCAAUUCCAGCAGUGAAGCGUUACAGAGGACGUCAUCAACAGACGGAGAGGUCCGUAGGCUUCAGGAUGAAGUUAACACCUUCAAGAAAAGGAAUGCAGAAUUGGAGCUGGAGCUGCAGCAGCGACAGUCUUUGUCCAAUUCUCAUGGGAGCUACCCCAUCGGGGAUGCCAAGGUCAAGGAGUUGGACAAGGCAUUACGACUAGCGCAUGUAGAGAAGGAAGACCUGCAACGAGAAUUUAACGAUGCCCAAGAAAGGCUAAAGCAGCAAAGCAAGGAGCUCAAGGAUGCCAUAGCACAGAAGAAACUAGCCAUGGACGAGUACACAGAAGUUAGCGAUAAACUGUCAGAGUUGCGGACACAGAAGCAGAAGCUUUCCCGGCAAGUACGGGACAAGGAAGAAGAGUUGGAGAGCGCAAUGCACAAGAUCGACAGCCUCCGACAAGACCUUAGAAAAGCGGACAAGCUGCGAAGAGAGCUUGAAGCUCGUGCAGAAGAGACGCAAGCUGAGGCCCUGAAGGAACGGCGGUUACGAGAGCGCAGCGAUGAGUAUGUGCACCACCUUGAAGGGGAGCUUGAGAAAAGCCAGGUUGGGCGGCCAGCACACGAUGUUUCUCAGGAGGUCUCCAGGUUGAAGAAUGAGCUGGAGAACCAAGAGAUGAAGUUUCGGGAGCUGGAGAUCCAACUGCAAACGCGGCAUGCCAAUGAGCUGGGCACAAUUCGUGACCAAUUUCGAGAAGCCGAUGGGGCCAGGGAUGCCCUGCUCAAAGAGGUUAUGUUACUAAAAGAGAAGAGUGAGAAAUCUCGUGUUGAAAGUGCCAUCGAGAACCAGGAGACCCUAGCGGAGAUUAAGAAAGCGCACGAGCGAGAGAAGGCAAUGCUCCGCGAGGAAGUCCACAAGCUCAGUGAAGAAAGGGAAAGGCUUGCUGAGACGCUGCGGAGGCAGCUGGAAGAACGCCGUUGCCUGGAGGAUGAGAUUGGCCAGCUGAGGGAGAAGAAGGAGUCUGUUGCCCAGUGGGAAGCACAGAUCAGCGAGAUCAUUCAGUGGGUGAGUGAUGAGAAGGAUGCCCGCGGCUACCUCCAGGCAUUGGCUACCAAGAUGACCGAAGAACUGGACUACCUCAGGAUGAGCGGUCUUCCCACGCCUACUGCGGACAAGAAUUGGCGCAACCGGCGUUCCCAGAAACUGGAGAAGAUGGAGCUGCUGACCCUUCAGUCCAACCUGCAGAGCGAGAUUCAGGCCAAGCAGGCUGUCAGUGAAGAGCUCACACGUGUCCGUGCCGAACUGGUCGCUCAGCAGAAAGAGCAGCGUAAACUGCAGCAGGAGCUUGACCACUUUCGCAAGGAGUCUACGAAGAAGGACUCCCAAAUCCGGGACCUGCAGCAACGCCUAGAUGCUGCAGGAGAUGGAUUCCUGGAGCGACCCUCUUCGCAGAUGUCCUUUCUGGACCAGUUCCUGAAGGACACGUCUAGGCUGAAUCAUAGUGACAGUGGCGAGUCGGCUGACCAGGUUACCAAUGACACUGAAGCCGAGCUGGAAGGGGGACCCCAGUCACCUCCACUUCCACCGGUGGCAAUCAUCAACAAGACAACCAGUGCUGAGGAACACAGAGGAAUCAAAAUUUCAUCGCCCAUUGCUGACAUUCGCUCUCAAAUAACCGUUCUUGCACCAAAGCCCAAGGCCCACCAGUUCCUAGUACGGACCUUUGUAGCCCCUCUAAAAUGCAACCACUGUACCUCCCUUAUGGUUGGUCUCAUCCGCCAGGGGGCAGUUUGUGAGGUGUGCGGUUUUGCCUGCCACGUCACAUGUCAAGACAAGGUGCCUGCAGUGUGUCCUGUACCCAUGGAUCAAACCAAGAGGCCAGUCGGGAUUGAUCCCACACGAGGUGUUGGCACGGCUUACGAGGGUUAUGUGAAGGUGCCCAAGCAAGGUGGUGUUAAGAAAGGCUGGCAGCGCCAGUUUGUGGCCGUGUGCGACUUCAAGCUCUUCCUGUACGACCUUCUUCAGGACAAGAAUGUGCAGCCCGCAGUGGCCGCGUCCCAAGUGCUAGACAUGAGAGACGAGGAAUUCUCAGUGACGUCGGUGCUCGAGUCAGAUGUCAUCCAUGCAAAUAGAAAGGACAUUCCUUGCAUAUUUCGGGUGUCGACGUCCAUGAUGGACCCUCCGGGGCUGCAGAGCCAGACCCUGAUGAUGGUGGACAAGGAGAGUGAGAAGGUUAAGUGGGUGGACGCACUCAACGAACUACACCGCAUCCUGCGCCGAAACAAGCUGCCACACCGGACAGUAUUCCAGGCAAAGGAAAUCUUAGAUAGCACUGUUGUGAUUAUCAAGAAUGCCUUAUCAGCAGCUGUGAUAGAACCAGACAGAGUCGCUCUGGGUACUGAGGAGGGGCUCUACUGUGUGGAUUUGGAUAGGGAAGAAAUUGCCCGCAUUGGUGAUGGCAAGAAGAUUGCCCAACUUGAAUACAUUCCAGAGGAGCAGCUCCUCAUCGCAAUUGCAGGAAAGCAGCGGCAUCUGCGCUUGAUUCCUGUGGGUGCCCUUGAUGGCCACGAUGUAGACUGGAUCAAGGUGGCCGACACCAAGGGCUGCACCACCUUCUGCACCACCCACAUGGAUCAUGGCGGAGCGCCCACCUAUUACUUCUGUGUUGCCGUCAAGAAGCAGGUGCUGGUUCAUCAGGUGAACCGGACAAAAAGCCGUCACGGUGGCCGACAGGUCAUCAGCGUUCCUGGCGUGGCCCAAUGUCUCGAUGUGUGGCAGGACCGACUCUGCGUUGGCCUUCCCUCUCUCUUCUACCUCUACAAUCUACAGGGCACCGCAGAACCAGUCUGUUUAGUCCAGCCUGACAACAACCUGUCUUUUCUCCAUCACAAUCCCAUGGAUGCCUUCAUGGCUGUGGAACUUCCCAACAAUGAAUACUUGCUGGUUUUCAGCCAACUGGGAGUUUUUGUGAAUGGUCAAGGGAAAAAGACGCGUGACAAGGAAGUCAUGUUCUCUGCCGUGCCCUUGUCAGUCAGUUAUUUUGACUCGUACCUCUGUGUGUACAUGGAGUCCCACGUGGAUGUGUUUGAGGUGACAUCUGGGGACUGGGUGCAAACAAUGAAUUUGAAAAAGACAAAGCCUCUGUGCCGUGAUGGGCAGGUCUGCUUCACUCUCGUCACUGAAGCUCCGCACGUGAUCUACAUGCACCCGAUCCACAGGAGGGAGUAUGCUGUGCGCGUCUGUGGCCCUACGGAAUCGGGCUCCCAUCGUCCCACCAUGAGUGGAGGGGGCAUGACACACGUGGCGCCCCCUCUACGAGGAUCCACCUCCUCCAUGGCCGCAGCACUUGUGACUCGAGCUAGGCGGAGGUUUUCUGUACGAGAAGCCGAGAAACAAAAGGCUGGUGACCGGCGAUCAAGAAUGAUAUCUGCACCAUCCAACUUCAACCACAUUCAACACAUGGGUCCCACUGAGUUGCAGAAGCUCAUUGAUCUACCCACGACAGUGCAAGGAGUUGCAGCCAUGGAGGAGAAAAGAGCAUGGGUCAAGUCUGUGAAGCCACCAGGUGUUCCAUUGCAACCCAAGCGGCCAGCACCACUGGCUCCUGGCACUGUACCCAGGACAGCUAAAUCCUCACUGACUGCAUCACCUGAUGGAUCGCUGUCAUCUCAAGAACAUGGCUCCAUGCUUCAAGGCUCGGCACAUGAUGAGUCGAGAGGACAGCAAGCGAGUCCACGGCACUCGAUUGCCUCCAACAAUAGCUCCAACUUGAGCACCCCGCCGAGUCCCGUCGACUUGGGCCUCGGACUGGAAGACCCGCGCGAACAGUUCUCCUCCAGCUACGAGUCUCAGAGCUAAGGUCACGCUGCGAUCAGACGUCAUCGAUUCAGUCAGCAACGUCACCAUCUGUUACGUCAUUAGCUGCCUCCAGUUCGAGCACCGUGGCUGCUCACAAGCACUUUUGUUUUAUUUGUGUGUUUGGUGCUCGCGUGUGUCUAGAAAGAGGUUAUGAAGCAUAUUUUUUGCUGCUUUCUUUUUAAAUUUGUCCCUUUUCGCUCAGGUGAAAGCAGGCUGUAGGUGGCCACUGUGGCUUGUCUUUGCACCAGUGCGGUGUCGGGGACACACAUAGAAGCACCAAUGUCUUCAUACGUUUUAGUGGCCACGCCUGUUUUCUAUAAUGUGGUUCUUAUUCUGUAACUUGGUCGUUGACUGACCCUGCAUACGAACUUUUUACCAGUGGUGCUGAUAGCAUCUUCUGCCAAGCUUUACAAAGUGCACAGCCAAGUCCAGCUGUUCAGUGGCUUGCCAGGACAUGCAACCUCUACACUCGAACAUGCUGGCUGUAAGGGCCAGUGCAUCAAUUGCGGCAAGUUGCUACUUAAAGGAAACUGCAGCGUCUCCACAGCGAUACCAACCGGCUCGUGUCGCAAGUAUUCAUUUUCAAACAAAAUUUGUCAAACUGUUUUGCGGCCUAAGAUGAGGCAGACGGGUGACAGCGGCAAAGGUGCACGUAGCCAAAUGACACGAGAUGCUUAUUAUUAUUAUUUUUUUUUGAGCAACUCACUUCCAGAGCCUUGCCCGUUUCAAGUGUGUAAGUGCUUCUUUUGAACCUUGUUCUUUUUAGAGUUCAAGCGUUACGCUAGCACCAACAUUGGAAUGCUCAGGUUACUAGGGAAACCUUACUAGUAUGUCUUUCAGCAUUGUGUUUUGUGCUGUCGUGCACAUAAAGGCUUCUGAAUCAGAGUCUAAACUGGAAACGUAUUAGAGCAUGUUGCCUCGCAUGCAUCGUGCUGUGGAUUCUGUAUAAAUGAACUUAGUACCCACAGUUUUACGCCAGCUGUUAAACAUUGUGUGGAUAAUGUUGUCUUUCUGUUCCUCUGUUGGCAAUAUUAGUAUAUCAAACAUUUAGUAGCAUUUAGUGGUUCUCAAAACAAAUGCUGACAUUUCUUUUCCUUCUUUAACCUACACUUAGAGAUUAUAUAGAUGUAUAUUUGUAAAGGUACAAAAUUAGUUAUUAUAAGCACACAUAUGACGAUUCGAAGUAAUCUUGGAGAACCCUGUGCAUUGCUGCAGCUGCUCUUCAGUUGUCAUUGAGAAGCGACUCUGUUAUGAGAGCACAUGUAGUGUUGGUGUGUUGUCCACAACAUAAACAGUAUAUUAAAGGCAAAAAGGAACUCUGGAACCACACAUUAAUGGCUAGAAGCACAGAGCACUUAAUUUUUUGCCACUUCACGUCAUGAUGUUGUUUGGCAAUUUUGGUGUUUAUGUGCAACAUAUACUUUGAAACGGGUAUAAAGUCACUGCAGUGGCAACACAUUUCCCUUUUUUUUUUCUUAUUUGGUUUUUGCCCAAGAUAUAUUUUUGAGGUUCUGACCAUAAAAGAGGUAUAAAGCUUGACAUAUUUGGACGUGCCAACAGGAACCAGCAGAGUCGCGAUAGCGUUCUCAUAUCUGAAUUUCGGUAAAAUGUUAAGUUGGCCUACAUAGAAAGGUCUAUACGCAGUGCUGCCACUUUCUGCAGUAACAGUGAUAAUUAUUGGUCUUGCUGCACUUCUAAAAUGUUAAUUAGUUUUGUAUAAUCAAAUGCAGAUUAGAUAAGGCUAAGGUUAGUGUUGGCUGGUGCUGCAGCAGUGCUUCUCCUAAGAGUGCUUUGCACAUUUAGACACGGUUUUUGUUUCUUUCCAAAAGUUGAGUUUCUUGAGUAACAUGACCUGAAGCAUUGUUACAAGUUGCUUUUAUCGUGCACAAACAGUAGCAUAUAUUCUGAUGAGAGAAAUGCUGCAUCAAUUUUUUUUAAAUAGUUUUUUGUCACUGCUGAAAGAUGACACUUUGACAAGUAUUUUCAGUCUAGUACUGUGCACUGAUACGUGCACUUUGUGGGGCUUUUAUGUAAAACUUUUUCCAUACAUGAUGGCGUACCGCUACCUCUGACUUUUGUAAAUAAUGCCUGGUGUUGCCGCCAUUUUUCUUUUUUUUUUUUGUCACCUGAUAUCGGGGAUAAGGCCACACCAUUGCUUUUCUAUGUGUGCCCAUAUAACUGUAGAGAACAAUUGAUUUGCCAUUACAGAAUCCCGAUGUGGAAUGAAACUAGAGUCAAACCUCGUUGAAUGUGAGGUUGCAUCCGACUUGAAAACUUCUUGGUUAUAUCCAACAUUUCUUGGUUAUAUCCAACAUUUGUUAUAUAAAUGUAUACUGUUGUUACAUUAUUAUACCAGCAGUGAGACAUUUUAAGUUUACUUUGUUAUGUCCGUUAUAUUGAGAUGUGACUGCAGUAUAGAGAUGUAUUUUUCAAACUUGCAUGUCUUACAAACGCUACCAGUUUUUUGGGACACUCUCUUUGGGGAGCACAAAACUGGUUACUCGAAGUAGUGCUGAAGCUUAAACUUACUCUGCUGAGGCCAGUGCAGUUUGCGUGAAACAUGAGUCGCGCACCUUGAAUUGGUGAAAUCAUAAAAGUGAUGACAACACUGGUUCUGUUCCCCAAAAAUACACACCCUAAAUUGACUAUGCAGAAUUCAGAAAAAAUGGACAACGUAUACUCCAGUUUUGAAAGUUCAAGAUUUUAGACUUAAAUCAACAUCAUGUGCAGCUGUGCGCAAAAUUCUUUGAAGCUUUAGAAAUAGGGAAACGAAGCUUAAUUCUUUCGCAUAUGGGCUAGCAGCGGGGUGUUGAGUAGUGCAGUUUAGAUGAAAAGUUUGGGUGCCAUGAGACAAGAGGUAUUUACUUCUAGCAGUUUGUAUCCAUGGCAGAUAGAUCUAUACAACACUGUAUUGUUUGAAUUAACUGCACACAAGCUGGGAGCUAGAAUAAUGUAAGGGAUACAGAGACCUUCGGGUAAACUUUUCUCAGAUUUCAUGGUCUAUAAAAUUUCGGAAGGAGACUGUAAAGAUCACACCUUAGAUCUUCAACUGUAGACCUCAGCUUCAAUGAAAGUCUUCUGUUCGUUUAGUCUUUUGUGAGCAGCUGUGCAGUAUUUGCAGAAGGUAUUGAAACUUUUAUGCAUUUAGAAUGCAGAGCAGUCCAGAGCAAAGGAGAGCUAUAAAAGAUAUUUCUUUUCAUCACUACAUGCACGGAGCUGUAAAAGUCCCAUGGUGCUUUUGUACACUGUCUUUCAAAAGUAGUGUCAAGACGUGUGCAAGCAUCUUCGAUAAAGAAGACAGAAGCUACGACCUGUGGUGUUGGCCGCAGAAAUCUUUCAUAGAUUACUUGGUGAGGCUAUUUAUUCGGGCUUCUGUAGUGUUGCGGGCAUCUUUUUCCACCAAGUUCUCGCCACCAGAUGGACCCACACAGCAAAGUCUCACAGCACUUUGCUUUCUUCUGUUCGUCCUGUCCUUGCACUGCUGCACAGUUUAACUUCAACAUGUACCAUCCGGUGGUUAAAGUUUACAUUAUUUUGCAGUAACAAGCUGUUUUCAAGAGUGGAUUCCCUGAUUUUGAUGUUGUACCCAUCCAACCCUCUGCACUUGGUCUUUUGCAAGUUCUGCUAUUGUAUUUAAGAUCAUGUUGCCUGUGCCCAAUGCUCUGUGUGGGGACAAUCAAUGCUCUCUUUUGACGCUAUGUGCAAAACAGGGAUUGAAGUAAAGAAGCACACACUCUCACCGGUGCUAGAGAGCACAUGUUGCAUAUGUGUAUAGCUUUUUUGAAAAAAAAAAAACCUUUGUUUUAAUUUAUUUAGAGACCACAGCUUUGGAGGAGCCUAGAGAGUGAGCUGUGCAAUGUUGGUUGUCUGCCUUGCCCAUUGCAAAAUGAGGAGCACUGUUUAUUGUGUUGAGUAUUCUAUACAAAUAUAGCCCUUUUUUGAAGGGGGGAUGUUAACAUGUGUACAUUGCUUUGGCCAAGAACCUGUACUUUCUUUCUUUUUUUUUUCUAGAGUACAAAGUGAAGACUGCAGGUGCUAACAAGAGGCAAUGAGUGCGAUUUAUGCGAUAUUGAAGUGGCGAGAAAACCUUUCACUCAAUCACGAGAAACGAGUCUUGGCCAAGGUGUUAAUAACAUGCUGUUUGCUUAUGCGUGCUGUGGGGACUUAGUGACUUCAAAUGGUAUGAUGUCACUGGGACAAAAAAAAAAAGUGUUGUGGCCUACUCACAAUACUGAAAUAUUUCUCUUGAGGCCACAUUUUGUAAUGAUUCUUUUUCAUUUUUUAAUCUAUACUAACUGCUUUUUUUUAUCCUCAGUUAUGCCAAGUGUUCAAUUUUGGACACUUGGCAUAACUGAGGAUAAAUCUUCUAAUCGCAUACUCGCAUUUGAUGUUCUGGUUUACGUAUGUUAACACCUUCGGGUGCAUAAGGUAUGGCCAUGUGUAUGUGUGCAGACUAGUAGCGAAAUGCGAGAGAAAUGAAUUUCAAUAAUCGUUACAAAAUGUGGCCACCGCUUGCCUUUUAUCUAUCUCUGCGUGCAUUUCCACAUUUCUCUGCUACUACUGUUGCAUAAGGAGAGCGUUGCUGCCUGUUCUGUCAGUAGAAAUUGCCAAUUCACAAACAUGCUUGUACAUAUAUGUAAAACAUAUGAUGAUAGUAGUAAAACCAAAUAUGGUUGUCUUUUAAAA